CUGAAGGAGCCUGUAGAGCUUUUACCACGAAGGACAAAUGUUGUAACACCACCAUCACCAAGUUGUCAGAUUGUAUGUUCUAUGAGUGUGUUGAUAAGACAGAUCCCGCAAAGGUUCACAUGGGUUGUCAUAAUGCAUCAAACCAGGCUGAAAUAAAUAAAACAUGUGAUGUGUCGAAAAAAGUUAACCAAACUUGUCCUGCAUCACCACCUACACCAGCAGUGACCUGCCGUAACUUCACAGAUAAUCAGACCGAAUGCUGCACACAUGGAACAGACCUUGGAUGUGGGUUUGUUAACUGUAAUGGACCAGCCAAGAAAACAUUUAAAGGAUGUUACAAUAUGUCAGAUGUCACAUGUACACCACCACCAUUGGACCAAUGUAAAGAUAAACCAACUACUUUGGCACCAUCAACAACCAUGAAACCAACACCUGAGCCAGUAUUUGAAGAGUGUCAGACCCUCAAGAACAGGACAGAUUGUUGUAGAAAUCUACUGUAUAGGUGUAUCUUUGUCAACUGUAGUGGUACCACCACAAAACAGACUUAUAAAGGAUGUUACUCAGCUUCAAAUCAAACAACUAUCCAGACUGAUUGUGGAACCACCUCUUAUGUAGAUUCAUGUGCUGCUACAACUCCUUCUUCAAUCACAACUGCAUCGCCAUCUACAGACAAGAGACAUUUUGAUGGAGCCUCCUUCAUUGGUGGAAUAGUGUUGUGUGCUGGGAUCAUUUUGAUCAUCUUCUUCGUUCUGAAAUGGUACAAAUCUAGACAGGCAUCCAGCAACUAUCAUCAGAUGUAAAAUACUGAGGAUUACUGAGAAACUGUAGAGGACGAAUUUCUAUUUCCUGGAUUUUAUAGUUAUGUUACACUUUAUGUAUGUAAUUUCUUGUCUUUCAAACAUGUUUUAAAAUCAAAGAAAUCUCAUUUAUUUUGAAUUCUUACUUAUUUUUACAUGUGAUUUGAAGUUGGUUAAGUUAUAAAGGUCUAAAAUUAGUGCUUUUCUAAAAAAAUUAUUUUACUGUAAUUCCCUUAAAUUUCCUUUCGGUUGUAAUACUGAAUUGAUAUAGCUGAAAACACUUUUUUUGUUUGUGUUAAGUUUAACAAAAUUUACCGCUAAUUGUAAUUAUAUCAAAGUUUGAUGUCAGCAUUAUUUCUGAAAGGUGUCUGGAUAAACAAGCCAAAAAUAGAUAGACAGAGUUUAUUUUUAAUACUAAAUCUUAUUUUUUUUUUGCUAUUGUAUUUUGAAAAUAUGUGAAAUGUCAGUGUGUCUGUGAUGAAGGUAUUGUUUUAAGACAACAUAAAGUAUGUUGAUGAAUGUUUUUUUUUUUUGUUUCUUUGAGUAAAAAACUAUGGUUUUAUCAGUUGUGGAUCCAGGAUUUUGAAAAAAGGGGGGCUCACCAAGGCAAAUUUAGGAAUUGGACAAAAAAGUCUAUGCAUUUACCAUAUAUGUAGCUCUUUAAGGGGACAGGGCAACCCCCUUAAUCCACCUCUGUUUAUUGUUUAUUGUUUAAACUGUAUUGUUAACAUAUAAUUCGAAUAAUUUUAUUCUGAGUUAAAGAAAUUGUAGGGAGAUUUCAUUAUUUUGUGAAGGAUUAUAUUUUUUGUAUUUGAGGGAAGUAUGAUACAUUACCAUAGUAACAGAUUGAUGUGAUAUGCUGUUUUAAGUUAACAAGGGUUUGUUGUUUUAUUGUUUUGGACCAAUUUUUCAUCCUUACAAAUAUGGCUUUAAUUUUGAGUAAAGUUUCCAAAACACUUCAUUCAGUGAAAUUUUGAUACGUAAUGGGGUAAAUAAUUGUUUAAAAAACGCUAGUAAAACAAGAAAUAAAAUCAACUAUAGCUUUAGUUAUAACAUUGCAAAUCCAGAAAAAUAUUAGAAAAAAAAACUUUCUGUAAUAAAAAAAAAGUUGGGUCAGAUAUAAGAGUGUUUAUGUUGUGUGAAAAAUAUUACCAUAAUAUGUUUUAAUAACUGCAAAAAAAAACUAUUUUAAGGAAAGUGAAUGCUGAAUGGAUUUUGUGCUUCAAGCAUUUUAUUUUUCAUUUUCAUUGCAUACAGAGAAACAUCAUUAAGUAAUUUGUGAUAUGUGGCUAUUUUUGAGGCAUGAUUUGCUAGAAUGAUCAUCUUGCCAACCCAUAUUUGAGGAAAGAAUUUCAUACACUGCAAACUAUAUAAAGGUGCAUUUAAUUAUUUUGUUUACAGAUAAAUGCAUUCCAUUCCUUAUAUAUUACAAAGGUAAAUUCACCAUUACAGAUUCAGAGGUUUGUGGGUAUAUUUCAUUGCUUUGACACCAUAAUGAAUAUAGCUUCACACCAUUGGUUGGAUAUCAAUUGUUCCAGAGAUUAUCAACCAAUCACAACAAAAUGGCAACAAUUUAAAAUAUUACCCAGAAUGCAUUAGAUUCUGGAUCUGAAUUUAUUUUGUUUUUUAUGCAUUUUCAUUGGAAGAAUCUGAUUAUAUGUAGUAUGAUCUGUUUGUUUACAUUUUGUUUACAUUUUGUUUACAUUUUGUUUACAUUUUGUUUACAUUUUGUUUACAUUUUGUUAUCAUUGUUGUUCUUAUUAUCUGCUGUAAGUUAGCUUAGGAAAUUAAUGUUUCUUUUUUUAUUUAAUUGAGGAAUUUGCUUGUCAAUGUAGAUAUUUAUAAAGGAAAUUGAGACAAUUAACAAUACUAUUGUUAAUAGCUUUAGGUCAAGAAAGAAAAAUGUUGUGGUUUCAGAUAUAAAAGAUGAAGUGGGAAGGGUCAGUGGCUCAAAAUUUUGUAUAAAUUUACUAACUUUUCCUUUAUAUCAGAAACUGAAAGUAUCAUUUCCGAUUAAAUAUUGAAUAUAAUGAAAUUUAAAAAUCUCUUUGGAUGCAGUCUUUGUUUAAUGGAAGUCUGUUGUUAUCUUGGUCCUGUUUAUAUUCUGUAUAGCAUUUAUGAUGCAACAAAAAAAGAUAAAAGAUUAUAAAAGCUAAUAUUCUUAUCAAAUUCUAAACCAGAAUAUUCUGAACUUAAUACUGAAAAUUGUAAAUGACAUAAGCUGAUCCCACUCUGGCAGGUACAUGUAUGAAAAAAGAUGAGAUUUUUUUAUCUGUCCGUUAACAGUUUAAAAAAAUGAAUUUUGGUGUGCAAAUAGGGUUUGUUCAGUAACUGCAAACAUAACAUUUUUCUAUCAUAACCAUUAACAUAUAGUUGAAUUGCUUUGUGUAAGUUUCUGUUUUGUUGUUGUUGCUUACAUCAUGCAAAGGUUCAUAAAAUAUUUGAUUUAAAAUUACAUCAGCUGGAAUUUUAUUGAAAUUAUUACAUUUUCCUGUGUUGGAGGACAAAAAAUACAUUCUUAUAUAAAUAUUGUGAUAGGUUUUGUGAUUUAGGUGUUGUGUUAAGAGAUGAAUGUGAUUUUGUUUGUUUAUUUUAUUCGUCUUUGCCAAGUAAGUGCUAUUUAAAUGUUUAUAUAUAUUUAUGUAAAUGUAGUAUCAUAUUUUGUUUCAUUAUAUAUGACUGGGAAGAGUUUGUCAUAUCAUAGAACUUUAUGUUAUAAUGUGCUUUCAUUUUGUAAAUAGUAAGGUAAAAGAAAUUAAAGAAAGGUGUGAUCUAAUAACCAAUCAGCAGUUAAGAUUUAUUCAGUUCUAUUAUGAAUUAUUUACUGAGUUUCAGACAGAUUAAGUAUGAAGCAUAUUAUGCAUGGGCCUCAGUGGCAAAUUGGUCUAAGUAGAUCAUCUACAGUGAUCAUAAGUCUAUCAACUCUGAGGUUAUGAGUUCAAACCCAGCUCAUGGUGCUUUCAACUCUGAUCUUAAUUGAUAAGGACUGCCAUCUUUUCUGUAGAAGGUUGGUGCUUCUCAAGGAGUACUCCAGCUUCCUCCACCAACAAAGAAGUGGUAUUGCCAAGGUCUGAAAAAGUUUUGGAGAGAUCAUUACAUAGAAUAUUAUAUAUAAACUUCUUAAGAAGUAAAAAGUAAAACAAAGCUAGUUUCAUACUGUGAACAAGGUGAAAUCACUUGGUAGGCUUUGAUUAGAUUGCUAACAAUGUCUUCUUUAGAACUGUUGAUCAUUGUCUAAAAUUGUCUAUUCAGUACAAAAUUUGAAAGCUUUUCUUCGGUCUUUAUAAUGUCAUUUUCAAACAGUUUUCAUGUCUAUGCAUCAAGUUAAUUAUAAAUUGUUUGCAGUAAACUAUAGAAGUAAACUAUAGAUAUGUUUAAAUAGUUCAGGUGAAUGGUCGUGUAUAAUUUAUUUGCUGAAAUGUACUGGAGAUAUUCAGAUGAUAAUGAUCAUUUCUUCAAGAAUCAAGUGUCCUCCCUGUUUAGAUGAAAAACAAACAAAUGGAUAUUUUUUUUUUAAAGAGAAAUUUUUAUUUGGAUGAUAAUAUAACAAAAUUAACAUCAAGAACAUGUAUAUUUAUUGUUCUAGAAUAUUCAGGUUUAAAUCUCUUUUUGUCAUAAUUCUUCAGCAGCAAAUUGAAAAACACCUCUCUGUAAUGGAGAAAGAGAAGAUUUGAAUAUCUCUUGUACUGUUUAACAUGUGGUAGAUUUUCCUUUGGUUAAUAGCACUUGCAUAUGGUUUAGAAAACAAUUUAUUGUUGAUAGAUUUUGUCAUUUUGUCAUAAUAACUCAUAGUCUUCAUCUUUUUGUUAAUCCAUCCAGUAUAUAUUAAAGAAAUCUCAAUCUAUUCUUGCUUUAAGUUAUUAUUCAGAUAAAAUAAGCAUAUCCUGCCAGCAUAUAUUUCCUUCUCUCUAAAAACCAAGAUAUUUUUGUUUGUAGAAUAGUUUUUUUUUGUAUUAUUAGAAAUAUAUGUUUUCUAAGUGGGUAAUUUUUUGUUCCUUGAUAAAACUGAAUUAUCUUACAAGUAAAAAUUUAUUAUUAAUCAGAAACCAUUUUAGGUAUAUGAAUUGUAAUUUGGUGCUUUGUUAUCGUAUUUAGCAAUCUCAGGAACUUUGAAUUAUUUCUGGAGCUACACAUCUGAAGUACUAAAAACAUUUGACUGGCUUAUAAGAGUGUAUACCAGAAUGUUUUUUAAUGAGCCUUUAAACUUGGAUGCCACUGGUCUAUUGAAUUUCUCCUUUUGUCUGAUUUUUUAUGAUGAUUCUAGUCUACUUUGCCCAAUGCCCUUCUUUGGCAUUGGUAAACACUACUCAGUACUGACUACAAUUUAUCAGAUUUUGUUUUCUUUAUGAUAUUUGAUUUUAAUCAUGAAUUUGGCCUUUCAAGAAUAAAAAAAAGUGGGCAAAGUUGAUAGGUUCCUGGGGAAAAAAAUCAAUGACCACGAAUGCAGGUUUGAUUGUUAUUUCUAUUAGAUUAUUGGAAAUAAGAAAAAUUUGGGAUUGAAGAUAGUAAUUUCAGACUGCUUCUCAGGAUUUUCUGUUUCUUCAUCAAGUAAUUGCAUGGCACCUGUAGAGAAAAUAGUAUUAAAACACUAAGAAAAAAACAUUUCAACCCAAAACAUACCAUCUGCUAGUUAACAUUAUUUUGAAAUAAAAGGUAAUGUUAGGAAUAAGGAAAGGUAUAAAUUGUAUAGUUACUUAAGGGGGGUUCGUUGCUUUUUUUAUCAGAGGGAAAGACUAGGUAUUUUUUAGUUGGGGAAACUGUGUGCUUACCUGGUGCUUGUAUAGCAAUAUAAUUGUAAAAUACUGAUACAUUAGAUUUGACUUGACUUUCUCUGUGACUUUUAAACAGAAAAAUUAUGUUGAGAGUAAACAUUAAAAUUUUCUAAUGGGUUUACUGUUAUUUUCAAUUGUUUUAAUUACAACAAAAAUGAUUUUUUCUUCACAAUUCAUUUAUGGUUUCAUCAUUAUGUUAAUUGUGUUCUUAGUCAAUGGUUUGAUGCACUUCCAAAUAUGAUUAAGAAGUAGGAAAAAUAUGUGCCACUUUAUAUGUUAUUUUAUUGGCUCAAGUCUCAACACAAAAUAAGAAAAAAACAGCCGGAGAAGCUAAUAUUUUUUCUUACGGCUUAAUAGUAUAUCAAUGUAACAUUUUUACCAAUUUCUGUAUUAAGGAGAGAAAAAUCAACUGCACGGGUAAGCCUUUAUAAUAUUGUCACUGGUAAAAGGGUAUUGUUUAAUCGUGUGCUAUAGAAUAUUCUUAAUCUCUAUAUUUAGACACUUUGCUGAGAAAAUCGGUAGAUUAAUAAAACAUGUCUGAUUUAAUUAUGUACAGUAAAUACUAACAUAGAAAUACUCAGGUUGCAAAGUUAAAAACAAGUUGUGAGUUUAAAUUAAUAUGUUAAAAAAGAUAGUAGUAUUGAUAACAAGACUUUGGCAAAUUUGGUAUAUGUUGUGUACAAGUUAUAAUUUUGUACAAAUUUCAAUUUGAACAGACUUUUUGUGUAAGUCAUUAUUAUUUUGGGGUGCACCUUCUUCCACCAGGUGGGGACCCUGUAGCCAAGUGGUCUUAGUAGUCCAACUACUAUAUCACUAGCCUAUCAACACUGAGGUUGUGAGUUUGAAUCUCGUAAAUGGCAGGUGUGCUCGACUACAAUCUUAAUUGAUUAGGAUUGUGUAAUUUCCUGCCGAUGGUAUGUGGUUCUCUCUGGGCACUCUGGUUUCCUCCACCAAUAAAAACAGAUCGCCAUGAAUUAGCACAAUGGCGUUAAACACCAAAUCAAUCUCCACCAGGUGAUGUAGAAUUGUAUUGAGUAAUUUUCCAGCUUAUUGUUUUACACAAAUUGACAUGCUUCAACCUAACAUUAAUCACUAUCACCUUUGUAUUGAAGCUGAAAAUGAGGUCACCAGAUGGGGUUAGAUUCUAUUCACAUUUUGUUAAUUAAACCAGAUUUAAAGUCCCCAAAAUAUCUUAUAAUGUCCUUAUCAACACUUUUUAUCAGUGAUAUGUUUGAUCUCAUGUACAUGUAUAACAUUGUAGCAUGUAGUCAUGCAAAUUUGACGUAGAUAAGUUAAAUCAAAGACCGUGUGCUUGUUUUAUCCAAUUAUGUUAAGAGGUUUAUAAAAUACUUUCAUCUGGUUCAAAAAAUAUGUACAAAAUUGGAAUUUAUGAACAACAUAUAUAAGGUAUUCUCUUUGUGCACAUUGUGUACUGUAAUGUUAACGUUUACUUCUUUAAAAAAUUACAUAUUGUUGUAGGAAAUCAAAUGGAAGGAUUUAUGUUUUUUUAUUAAUUAUGUUUUUGCAUUUACAUUUCAUAGAUAGUUUUCAAUAUGACUUCACUUGAGUUGGAGUAACUUCCCUUGGCUGCCAUAUUGGAGGGCAGAUUAGUUGGAAUUUUUAUGGACCAUAUUAAAACAUGUGGCACAAGCAAGUUGAAUAAGAGAUCCUUAAUAGAUCUUAGUGAUGAACUAUACAAGGCUUACCCAAAUUAAUAUUGUUCUGGAAACAACUUUUUCUAAAGCUCAGCACAAUGUAUAACAAAUUUAUGAAGAAAUUUGUGAACGUUGUCCUCCAACAUGGCAGCUAUUAUUCAUAUUUUGUUGAUCGAAAAUUAUCUAGAAAUGUAAAAUUCAAGGAAAGAAUUAACUGAAGUUGCAAGUAUUUCGUUGGAAUGGGUCUUAGAAACAAAUUAGUUUUAUGAUUCAUUCAGUUAGCUUACUAAUCAAAAUAUGUCAUUAUGCUCCUUAUAUUUUAGUGUAAAUAAAAGUUAAAAGCUGUUGAA